AUGCGAAAUAUCCAAGAAGGAUUUCGUUGCUACACCGAGAACGCAUACGAGAAUCAUACGAGUGAGAAGCCGUUCUCUUGUUCAGAAUGCAACAUGAGUUUCAUCUGGCCAUCGCUUCUGAAUAUGCAUAAGAAAAUUCAUACCGGGGAGAAGCCGUAUUCUUGUUCGGAAUGUGGGAAGAAUUUCGCCCAGUCAUCGAAUCUGCGUACACAUGAGAAAAUUCAUACUGGUGAGAAGCACUCUUGUUUGAAAUGUAACAAAAGCUUCUCCCAAUCAGGGAAUAUGAGAAGACAUAUGAAGGUUCAUGGCAAUGCUAGGUUUAGAUUCAAUUGA